CUUUACCAUGAGACCAGUGUUGCGGGCCACAGUGAACGGGCUUGUAGCUGGGGUGAAUAGACUUGACAAGUCAUUUUCACCUUGGGAUACAGUGAAGAAGUUCCGUGCAUACAAAUUCACCAUCAAAGACUCGAUUUACAUCCUUCACAUACUUUCUGCUUUCUUCUGGCUCGCUCUCAUGCAAGUCCCUCCAUUCCCCUACAAAUUAGCAAUACCAAUCUUAUAUGCAAUCGCCCUACUCAUCCCAUUCACUUCUCAAUUCUUUAUACCUGCAACACCCGUAUUUUCAUGGGUUCUCAUGUUCUACUCAAACCAAUUCUUACCCGCAGACCACCGCCCCGCAGUCCACGUCGUCCUCCUCCCAACUCUCGAAUCCGUCCUCUACGGUGCAAACAUAAGCGAUAUCCUCACUCACUUCACACACCCAGUCCUCGAUAUCAUCGCUUGGCUCCCAUACGGCGUUAUCCACUACACAUUCCCCCUCGUCCUCGCUGCUCUCCUCUGGCUCUUCCGCCCACCCACUCUCCCCGUAUUCGCAAAAGCCUUUGGCUAUCAAAACUGUAUAGGCGUAUUUGCCCAAAUAGUCCUCCCUUGCGCAGCACCCUGGUACGAAAUCAUAUACGGCCUUACACCCGCAGCAUACGGCACACCCGGAUCCGCAGGCGGCUUAGGCCGCAUCGACGACCUGUUCGGUGGAGAUGGCUACAAACGCACUUUUGCUAGCUCGCCCCUCGUAUUUGGUGCAUUCCCCAGUUUGCAUGCCGCAUGGGCCACUCUCGAAGCACUAUUCAUCACCGCCUUGUGGCCCCAGUAUGCGAAAUGGGCUUGGGCUUACGCAGCCGUCCUCUAUUGGAGUACCAUGUAUCUUAGCCAUCACUAUCUCAUUGAUGUCGUGGGCGGUGCCUGUCUUGCCACCGCCUGUUUCUACUUUUUCGUCCCCGAGGAGCUGCGCAAUGGGAGUGUUAAUGUUGCUGGGGACAAGUACGAGAGAUACGAUCUCGAAUCGAGGAGGGGCGGUGUGGGCGCAGACGAGUUUGCGAGCGAUUGGACGCUCAGCGAUGAGGAAGAGACGCCUAUUGCCUACCGGUCGCCGAAUCCUGCAAAGGGGAAGGGGAGAGGACAUAGGCAUACAGCUAGUAUCGCGAGCCUCAUCAGACCUGAUGAAAGAGCCGGGGAGGAGGGUUGGAGCCCCGUCACCGGUGUUGGGUUCGUGUUCCCGCCUGAAAGUAGGAGGUAGUCGGUUAGAUGGAUGGUUUUCUUGCAUAUACCCGGGUUAUGAUUGCUAGAUUCUUGUGCGAUUCUAAAUCUGCAUUACAUAGUCCCAUCUCAAUUUCAUAAAAACUGUUUAAUUCAACAUAAAU